CUCUUGUUUGAUGCACGGUUUUCAACGGAGUUGAAAGAAUUUUUUAAGAGAAACGUAAUGGACGGGUUGUUUUUAAAGUAAUAAACGGAAAUUCUCGUAUCCAUUGAGAAACGAUAGGCGAUUUGAAAGUGUCACUAUGAACGGUGAUUUAUCGAUGCAAGGUAGUAUGAAUAAGAUAUUUUAUAAUCUGCGAAAAAAGGAGGAGAGUCGUAUUUCGGAACGUCAUCGCAACAUAUUAUACCUUGUAUGUGAUUAUUUGGAACACAAUGGAAAUCAGUGGACAUCGUGGAAAGAGAAGGCGAAACCAAAUUUGAAAAUUCGACAUCGGUAUAUAGACAUUAGCGAUGUAUUAUUCCGGGAAGCUCGUCUGUCUCCCGAACAUCGGGUCUGCGACAACAUCGAUUUGGAAAUUAUCGUUGCAGAGUAUGAAAAUUAUUACAAGAUGAAAUUUCAAAAAUAUCCCAUAUUGUGUAAGAAAAUAACUGGAAGGGAAAUGACGAGGGAAGUGACAAAUGCAAGCAAAACUGUUUGUAGAAGUAUUGAGACAAAAGCCAAAUCUUUUAGUAAACAAGCGAGAAGUGAGCCUGUGAAAGAGACGAAUCUACAGCAGAAGAUAACUGAUGACAAUACGAAUCAUAUUAAUCUCGCAAUGACAGUGACGUCAAUAUUCCCCAAUGAGAGUGAUGGACGUUCAUCAGAAGAGCUAUUUAACGUCCCAAUGGAACAAUCCAUGCAAUCGAAGAUAUUGAAAUGCAUUGAAAAGCUUUAUUCAGAUAAUACGGAAUUACGAAAGAUUGCUGAGGACGUCUCAUGCGAGAUCGUAGUAAACAAAUUAAAUGUACAUUGGGAUGACGUUAUAGGCCUAGAAGAAUGUAAAACCGCUGUUAAGGAGGCCGUUGUGUAUCCCCUUAAGUAUCCUAUCUCUUUUGAUGGCCCGUUUUCCCCAUGGAAAGGUAUUUUGCUGUACGGCCCACCUGGUACAGGGAAAACGAAGUUAGCGAAGGCAGUCGCGACAGAAUGCCAUUGCACCUUUUUUAACAUAACUGCCAGCUGAUUGGUCAGCAAAUGGAGAGGCGAUUCCGAGAAGUAUAUACGUGUAAGUUGCUUUGUCUAUGUUUUAUUUGAACUUGCCUAUAGUCAUUCGCCUACAAUUAUUUUUAUCGACGAGAUUGACUGGAUCGCCCUGGAUCGCCACAAAUAAAGGAGACUGUAUAUUGUCUGAACCUGCAAAGAGAUUCAGAUCAGAACUUCUUUCUAGAUUGGAUGGAUUAGUGUCUAAUGAGAAUUCUAAUGUAGUUCUUCUGGCUACAACUAAUUCCCCUUGGGGCAUUGAUGCAGCUUUACUCAGGCGUCUCGAAAAGCAAAUAUACGUAUCAUUACCCAAUGAAGUUGCUCGACUUGGUAUAUUCAAAUUAUACCUUAGCAACCACUUAUUAGAAAAUACAGAUAUUGUAAACCACAUAGUAAAAUGUACUGAAAGAUAUUCUUGUGCAGAUAUAAAAUUGCUUUGUAAGCAAGCGUGGCUACUAGAAAUAAGCCCGAUAUGGAGGAGACUUGAAAAGAAAGAAACACCUGUUACCACUUUGAAAUAUGAAUUAAAAAGUUAUGAAAUAUUAGCAAAAUUGUUAAAAAAAAUGUCACCUACAGUUAUGCAAAUAGAUAAAUAUGAUACGCGGAACAAAUAAAUACGCAAUCGUAAUGACAGAUAUUGAAAAAUAUAAAUAAA